AUGAAUGUCAAGAUCUCGGAAGGCCCAGUCGUUUUCCUUCCAAUCUACUCGUUGAACCAAGCACCCGAUUCCAACUGGGUCUAUUGGUUAUUUAGGUUCAUUCUACCUAGCUUGCCCUUCAAAUCGAUCACUUCAGAUCGUUUGAAUUGCUUUUGCACGUUCCAACCUUUAUCCUGACUCUUUUCGUGAUUCGGCUCGCCUCGAAAAGCCGCAUUUUUCACAUUAACAUGACAAUCAUCAUCAUGGUCUUCUCGGCGAAAUGGAUCGAGUGCAUGAUCGCCCGGUUUUCGAUUCUGCCGUUUCAAGAAGGCUUCGUCCGAGUUGGAGGUCAGUUUCAUUGUUUUUAUCGCAUGGGGGUAUUAUAGUGUCCAUUUCUCAAAUUUUUCAAAGCUUUUCAAUUUGAAAGUUUCCAAAAUGCGUAGGGUUCUCGAAUGUGGGUAAUCUGAAAGUUUCAAAAUAUUUUCAGCAAAAAGAAGAUGUUUUAGUAAAUUGGAGGUCAAGGUUUCUUUUAUUUGAGCUGGUAUCGUAAUAUGGUGUGCGAAUGAAACAUCUUUAUUUGGUGAGGGCUGGUGAAAAUAGAAAAGUUCAGAUAAAGUCAAUUUUCGGAAAUUUUGUGAUCAGAUUUUUUUAAACUCAAACUUCAUUUCCGUAAUGCUAUGAAGAAAUAUGUACUCAAAAACCAUUAAAACCUUGAAAAUGUUGGAAAACCUUUUCAAAAUUUAAAAACUAGUCAUUAUAAAAACCGACCGAUUUUAGAAUGUCCAAUUUUUUUCCUUUUUCCAAUCUGAGUCAAAAUCGGAAUCACUAUUCAGUAGCGUUCUAUCACAAUUUUCAUCGUUCACGAAAAUUGAGCGCCUUGAAAAAGGUACCAAAGACGGUUGAGAAAACAUGCUUUUUUUUUCGAAAGAGUCAGGGAACCUGUAAAACCAGUUCAACAACAGAAACAAAUAAGGUUUUCACGGUUCAUAACCAUAUGGAGCACAUGCUUUCGGUUUUUUGGGCGUAUUCAUAAUCUCUGAAUUCUUCGCUUUGGUUUGUUCGUGUUUCCUGUUAAGAAAAUCAAAAAAUUCACACAAAUGAGAUCUCUUCAUACAAUUGACGAGAAUCCUCGCGACCUAUUCGAUAAUUUUUGUAUCGGCGACAAAACGCGUCCGCUUAUCAUUGUAAAAGCCGCGUUUUGCCGUUUUAUACGUACCGAUUAAAUUAUUAUUAUUGAAUAAAAUCGACGGAAUUUUUGAUCACACUACCGCAAUCACUCACUUACACCGGUUGUCGCCUACUCAGUACCGUGCAAGGCUUCGGUCCCGCCCGGACUGUUACCGAUUCCCCCCCAGGAGGGUUGA